AUGUUUUUCCUUGAAACUGGCACUGCUCUGCUUCUGCUGGACUACUUCUCGGAACUGGCUACUCUGCUUCCGCGCUGCACAGCUUCUCUGCGUUGCACUGCUCACCAGAGAACCUUAGUCACAUCGCCACCAACAGCGGCCGCGAAGUGUGAAGGAUUAAGGUUAACUAGCCUUCACUUUCUCUGUCACUUGAUUAACUUUGUGAAGGGCAAGGAAGGUAAAAUUGCCGUGGUAGUGGGAACUGUAACUGAUGAUAUCAAAGUGUAUGAAGUUCUUGCAUUGAAGGUUACUACACUCAGGUUUAUAGAGACUGCAUGUGCUAGAAUAGAGAAGGUUGGUGGUGAAUGCUUGACAUUUGAUCAGCUUGCACUUAGGGCACCUCUCGGACAGAACGUCCUUCUUAGAGGCCCAAAGAAGUCCAAGGAAGCUGUGAAACACUUUGGUCCUGCUCUUGGUGUUCCUCACAGCCAUACCAAGCCUUAUGUACAAUCUAAGGGAAGGAAGUAUGAGAGGACUAGAGGAAGGAGGAAUAGCAAAGGACUUAGGGUUUAAGUUGUAUUGUUUCUAUAUUUUUCUUCAGUUUUUAGUUUUGAAAUUUAACCCUUUUCUCCCAUAUCUUAGUGCUUUUAUGCUCAGGUUGAGAAGCUUGUUGAGAAAUCAGAGUUUUGAACUCGGGAUUUAUUUUGUAUUUGAGUAUUAUUUUUUUAAUGUAUAAA